AUGGACGAUACGAAAGUCGCGGACCAUCCGAGUCUCCAGUCGGUCGACUACGCGGUGUCCGGCCUCGCUUCCCAGCGCCAGCGCGGAUAUGACGACGAGGCUAUCCAGGUGCUACAAUUUGAAUGGGACUCCCAACCCCCCAUCACCGACGAGGAGGAACGUGAAUUGAUCAAGAUGAUCGAUUGGAGAAUCCUGCCGCUGAUAUGUUUUGGGACGGCUAUGCAAUACGCCGACAAAGCUGCGUGAGUUGGGGAAACUGCAACACGCUGAUGCCCAGAGCAUCGACUCGGCACGUCAAGUGGAUUGUGCUCGAGGCAACACUUGAACUCUUGCCGUCGGCUCACGUGCUGACGCGUCGUUCGGCGACUCCCACCUUGUUUGCUGAUCAUACUUUGAGAUCCAAAAACUUUCGUGACAGGUUGUCCGUUGGUGCUCUCUUUGGAUUGAUCCGCGACCUCAAGCUUUUCGUUGCACAGACGGGUGGAACUUUCGACACUCACGUGAGGCUUCUAGAGUAGCUCGCACUGUCCACCACCCACUGAUACUCUCGAGCCGCAUCCCCGGCGAUAGAAAUACACCUUGGUUUCGAUAAUAUACUAUGUUGGGUAGGUCUCAGUGCCGAAGGGGCGCCUGUCUGCAAGCUUCCAUUCUUGAUUUUCGGCGCGCCUUACAUCAACAACGCCGAACUGAUCCUUCCACGUUCCUCCGUCGCCUACGCACAGCUACGUCGUUGGCACGCCUAUACUUUCGACAGUAGCACAACGCUUUCCGACGGGCAAGAUAUGUUCGCUUUAUGUGCUACUCUGGGGCAUCGUGACCCUUCUCACACCCACCUGCACCGGGUUUGAGGGUAUCAUGGGGCAGGUGAGGCGCAUAAGCUUCCUCUUCUGCAAGGCUCUUGCGGGGACACUUCCUGAACCGUUCAUGCCAACAGCGAUUUGUACUCGGCAUAUUAGAAGGUGGGGUGUCUCCGGCGUUUCUGACGAUCCUUGGUAAGUUGUGCGCGAGCGCACAGGAGCUUGUUCGCAGCCGAGGUGGACUGAUCGAGCGGGACCCUGUGGUGCUUUCUGUUGUCAGGCAUGUGGUACCGCAAGCGCGAACAAGCUCUUCGCGCGCCAAUUUUAUAUUCCGCGAACGGAUUCUUCGUUUUGUAAGUAUUUAGAUGGCAGCGCUCUACUCGAGACAUGAUAGUUGACGAGCCCCUAUUUGUUCUCGCAGACCGUUGCUGGCCGUGGUCUACGGGAUCGUGCAUAUCGGAUCUCGGGCGCAUGCCUGGAAGUCGAUCUACUACUUCCUUGGCGUGUUGACGAUUAUCUUCGCAUGCUUCCUCUACGUAUUCCUACCCGACUCGCCCGUUUCCGCCAAGUGGCUGACUUCUCGUCAGCGAUAUGUCGCCGUCGAGCGUGGGUCCCAGCUCGUGCUGCCUCGAUGGCCUUGAUCAGCUUGCUGACGCUCUUCUUGUGUCCAUUCGUCAUAGGCUUGCGAGACAAUCAAGCCGGGCUGAACUCGAAGCGGCUGAAAGGAUCGCAUCUACUCGAGGCCGUCUGCGACAUCAAGGUCGUUGUUCUCGUGCUUGCGACCUUUUGUACCUGCGCAUCGGCCGGCGUCAUCGGCGCAUUCUCACCUCUCGUCAUCUCGAAGGGUUACGGCGCUGAUGCUCUGCGCACGCUGCUAUUGCUAAUGCCGACGGGGGUGGUCGCUGGAUUUUCAAACAUCAUAGGAGGGUUAGUGCGAUCGGUUCAGUCAUUCGAUCCUUCCAGCUCUGUCAGACCUGAACUUCUCGCCUUCGCAUCCUCAGGUAUAUCGCGCUCAAAUACAAGAACACGCGCAUUGCAGUCAUCAUUUCCCUCUCAAUAUUGAGCGCGACGGGGACCGCCUUGCAGUGGCGUCUGACUCUGGCGAAGAAGGAGGGGUUGCUGGCCGGAGUGUACCUCAUUGUUGCGUCGUCCGGCGCCCUGGGCGGGCUGACGGGCCUGGCUUGCACGUGUCUUCAACUUGCGUGAGUCUUUUGACUCCAUGUCACGUUGCUGAGCGGCUCUACACUGUUUCACACUAGUAUCAAAUACCGCUGGUGCGACAAAGAAGAUUGCCGUCUCCGGUUUAGUUUUCAUCUCGAUCGCUGGCGCCAACAUCGCGACUCGUGAGUGCAAAGUUCCAGGAACCCGAUCAUCAUCGUCAGAGACGAGGCUCACGUCCGAUCCCUUCUUACACAGCUUUCUUGUUUAAAAAGUCGGAGCAACCGCGGUACCCAUUUGCCUUCAAAGUGACCAUGAUCCUACAAUGCGCUGGCAUCGGGCUUUGUGUUGUCUACGGGUCAGUCGGGCUUCGUUGGCUGCAGCGCGCGUUGGUUGCUUCUUGACAUCCGACGACGAACCUGAACAAAGUCUUCCGAAUUACAAAUCGCGCAGUGCCCUCUGCAUCCGCGAAAACCGGCGACGAGACCGGAGCGUCGAAAAGCAAGCCCAGGACUUGGCUUUCAGCGAUUCGACGGACAAGCAGAACGCCGCCUUUCGUUACGUUUGGUGA